AUGAGAAUUUCGGGUCUUACUGAAGGUGGUGACUCCUGCUACAACCGAACAUCCACGGUCUAUUCGGGAGGCUAUACCUCAGUUCCAGACAGUUUUAUCAACUGGACGCACCUUGGGAGGGACUGUCAUUCGAGCUUUACGAAGCCCUCGAUGAUGGAAGCCUGUGGAAGCUUCAAGCCGACUACUGGCUCGUUUCCAGGCAACACACCCUUUCGGCCACGUAGACUUAAUCGUGACCUAGCCAUUCUCCUCACCAGUCCCGGCGGUCCCGGUUCCAGUGACUCCGGCGUUGGGGACAGUUCGGAGACAGCAUUUGAGCGCUUGCAGCGCCUCAUUGCCGAACUCGCGGAUUCCGUGAACGUAGUUGACGAGAUCAGUGAGCGCGUCAGCGGGGAACUGGACUGGCGCCGUCUUCAGCUCCAGAGCUAUCAG